AAUUGUAAAAUAAACGAACUACAACGGGGAUAUUCAAGUAGCCAGUCUUGUGGCUAUUUAUUACGGUCGCUAAUGGCAAUUAACGAAGUGUUCAACAAUAUGAAAACACUCCAUUGUCGCAAAUAGUGCAAUGGUUACGCGUUGGUGCAGCCAAAUCAUUUAACUUCUUUUAGACCAAAUUGUGUGAGAAUCGUCAACUUGUUCCUUACCAGAAUUCACUAUUUUUUUUUUCUAAUCAACACCUGUUAUAUUCAAUUGUUUUUUGAGUUCCUUUGCCUCGCCACUUUACUAUUCUCCUCCUACCUGUAAUUUUAGUGUACCAUUGAGUAAUAUCCAACUCCAGUUUUUUUCUUGUAAUAUAUCAGUAUGGCAAAACAAACGGCAUUCCACAGACUAAUCGCCAGGGAUAAAGGCAUUUUCAACGGCAGAGACUUCUUGAUUUCCAGUGAUUCCAUAACCUGGGUUCCUGCGUACGCCAUCUUCAUCACCGAGCAGGGCCAAUUGUAUUCUGCUGACGAAAACGACAACAACUACUUGUUGUUGCAGUUUUUGCAGAGUUGUUACAUCCAAGUCAUCCCCAACAUCAACACAUCCACCAGCCUGCAAUUGAAAAAAAGCCGCAGCCGCUUGGCAAAGCCCAGCAAGGAUCUGAGCACACUCCACGAGGUCCCGCCGCCAGUGGUGUUUAUUAAAACGUUUGACAAUGAAAAGCUCUAUAUCAAGGUUCCUUCCAAGAAUAACUUUGGAAACUUAUUGAGCUCCUUACUUGUAUGGCAGAACUUGAACCCCAAGUCGCUCGUGAAGAAAUGGUACUGUGAAAACAAAUUUGUGCCCCAGCUGCCGGACUUUAUUCAUGAGGUUUUGGUGUGUAGGUUCAAGGUGUACGGUCCAGUUGUUAAUAGAGGGAAGAAUAUGAACCUUGUAAAGGGCCCCAAGGUGCCCAAUCACCUGAAAAAUCUCUUUGUUGAGUCAGAAACUGGAACCACUCAGCUGCCGGUUAUCAAUGAAGGAUGGUUCUAUACGAUGGGGGUGUUAAAGUCCAAUGGGGUCUUGAACUUCAUCACAGAGUUGGAUGGAACAUUGAUCUACUCAAUAGACAUCAAAACCAUCAUGUCCAGCGAGGUCCGAGAAAUGCAUCACCUGAUAUUUGACAAUUCCAACGUGUUGUUUGUGGGUCGUAUAAAGGAAUUGAGAUGGAACAAUCUCAUCAAGAACAAAUCUUCAUCCAUUAACGACCAGGUAUAUCCUCCGUUCAUUGCCAAAGAUGGCAAAACCAUUAACUCAUACAACAGGAUUCUCAUUGAGUUUCCGUUGCAUAUCGACUUGGAGGAUUGGUUUGUCGGGUUGAAUUAUUUUUCCAAAAGAGAGUACAUUGGCUCUUACAAUCCCAAGACCGCCAUCAACAAAUCUAAUUCGGUUAACGACAUAAUAAAGAAACUGGAAGAUUUGGCGUUGAAUGACAAUCAAACUCUAAAAGAUUCUUUCAGGAUUUCGAAAAAGCUCUCCGUGGACAUCAUUGAAGCUAAGUUCGACAAUGAGGUAUCUUCCAAAUCAAAAAUAUAUGCUGAAGUGGUAAUGUGGGGACUCCCGUGGUCAAGAACUGCUAUUGUGAACUACACCAAUAAUCCAUUUUGGAAAGAAGAGUUCUCAACCGACUUGCCAAUUUCCACUCAAAUUAUUCAUAUAUUGAUUAAAGAAUGCAGUUUCAACGAGUCGAGUUACCUGGAAGGAGACAAAAUAGUAGGAACAGUGUAUAUCACACCAGAUAUUUUAACCAGGCAUUUUAACAACCACUCUACAAUGCUGAUUGAAGGCAUUCUGAAUGGAAAUGCUAUCAACGUGAGCGGAAUGAACAAUGGUGAAAAUCCAAACUAUGCAAACGAUAUUGUCAAACUAUCAAUUUACGAUGCUUCGAAUUUACCGAUUGGUAAGUUGUUGGUGAAUGUUAACUUCAAGGAGUACCACAUCUUAUCACCUAAGAACUUUAAGCCGUUGGAAAAUAUGCUCCAUAAUGCUCCCAUGACUGACUUAAUUGAGUUCUGCAAUAGCAAUGUCUCUACUGCUGAGUUUGAAAAUGUCAGUAUAAUUAUGUUGGAUAUUUUCCAGAGUCUCGGUAUAGAAGACAAGUGGUUUAAGGCGUUGAUGGACGCUGAAUUGAUUAAUGUCGAUAAGGUCACUAGACAAAACUAUGUCAGUAAAGCAUCUACACCUUCCUCGUCCUCCAACAAUGUGUUCAACACCUUAUUUAGAGGUUCGUCUAUCUUCUCCAAAUCACUUGAAAAGUAUAAUUUAAGAAUAGGGCAAGAAUACUUGGAGAAGGUGUUUGGAGACUUUUUUGCAAUCAUAGAUAAGGAAAAGAAGAAUUGUGAAGUUGACCCCAGAUACGUACGGCUCCAAGAAAAGGCUGAGCGUAAGGGCAAAAACGUGGAUGAUACAGAUUCAGAAGAUUCUGAUGAAGAGGAUGAUGGGUAUGAUUCGGACGAAGAAGCACGUAUAGAUAAGCGUGUCAAGGCCAUGGUUGAACACAAUUCCAAUAACUUGUAUGAGUACGCAGAAAUGCUCUGGCAAAAGAUUUACAUCACCUCAAAUGAUUUACCCGAGCAAAUCAAGAGUCAAUUGAAGCAGUUCAGAAACAAGGUUGAGUUGGCCUGUGACCCAAAUGACAAAAUUACUGCCUUGAAUUGUUUAAGUGCUUUUAUAUUUUUGAGAUUCUUUUGUCCUGCCAUUUUAAAUCCAAAGUUGUUCUAUUUGACUAAAAAUCACCAAACGGGGAGGUCACAGAGAACCUUGACAUUGAUUGCCAAGAUCUUAUUGAACUUGGCCAACCGUCAAGAGUUUUCGCCCCAUAAGGAACCACAUCUUGUGCAAAUGAAUAAGUUUUUGGAUAAACAUAAGGAAGAAGUGUUAGACUAUUUCGACAAGAUCACGGGAAGGAAGAACGAUUUCCAUGAGAAGAUUUUGGAAUUGAGUCAUGAGGUGAAAAGGUUUGAUUUGGGAUUGUCAGGUGAUACAACAUCAAACGAACUUCCAACUACUCCUUAUCUCAUUGAUAAAUACUUAAGAUUAACUGAACUUAUCUAUUUGCUAGAGAACAAAACUUCGGGAGGAACGUCCGAAGAUGAUUUUGUGUCGCCAAUCCCUGAAGAGGCCAUAAUUAGCGAUAAGGCUUCAACGGACGAAUCACGGGACCAGUUUGAUUUCAACUCAGUUAGCACCAGCAAGUUCAACAACAGGAGGACCAAAUUGAAUGGAAUCAAUGAGAGUGAUAUCAGAAUCCGCAACAACGUCUACAAGAUCGGAUCAUUGGAAUUCGAAAAGUCCGAGUUCUUGGACCUAGCGGGCGAAGACGAGACCGAAAGUUUCAUCAAGAGUUUGUGCAAAAGCGACGAAAACAUCUUCUCGUUCAUAACCUCCAACAUAACCCUUAAAGAUCUUCAAAAAACCAGCAAUCGCUUAAGAAAGAGAAUCUUGGAAUUGGAAAGCUUCUUAAGUAACUACGAAUAUCCAGCCAACUACCAAAGUGACCAAACCAUGUGGGACGCCUUUGCUAACCGACUCUUGUCCACCUCGUAUUUGGACCUCAACCGUAGCUGUGUUGUGCAAUGGGAAGAUUAUAAUGGAGAAGUUCCUCUUCGCUAUAAGAGAAUAGUCGAUAACGGUCUCAACUACUUAAAGUUGAAAUUCUUCGAUGAAGCCUUCAACGGGGAGCCCGGCUUAACUACUUCAUACACGCUCCAUAACCACUUGGGUGACGAGAAUGUUUUGAAGAGCCCUAGCUCCAAAAACCCAUUUAAAAAGUGGUUUAAUAAGCCUUAAUCAGUAGCUCAAUACAAAUACAUCGGGGAUAAAAAA